AUGGCGCCCGCCGCAGCUCGACGCGAGGCCACCAACGGCAGCCCGCCCAACCAUCGACAAGGAGCGCGAAGCCAACCCGCACCCGCAGCCAAGAGCACACACCGGGAGAGCCACCCCGCGCCGCUCGCCGCCGUCCAGGGGCCGGAACAGGGGAGCCCUGACUGGAGGUCGGCCAGCACGCACCACCAGCGCGCGCGCCCGCCGCGAGCCCAACCACCGCACUGCACGCAGCAGCAGAAGCUCCCGCGCCCGCCCGUGAGGCGCCGCGCAUCGCCCGCGCCCGCCAGACUGCCAGAUCUCGCCGUGCCCAGACCUGGCCGCCACCGCAGCCACGAGCGCGAGCCGCCCCGUGCAGCCCACCGCGCCGCCACCAAGCCCUCGCUACCCCGCCACCGCGCCUCCGCUCCCCGCACCAGCGUGAAGCACCGCCGUCCGCAGCCGCCCCGCGCCAACAGCCUUAGAGCGGGAUGA